CGAUCAAUGCAUGUUUGUUUCGAAGCUAGCUGGAGCACUGACUUGUUUACUUGUUCAAAGAGAAAAGAGGUUUCAAGAAGUCUAGUCAGAAUCUUUUCAAAACAGACCAGGACAAGAGUAAUUUCGUAGUAAUAAUACAAUGCGUCCUUUGACAGAUGAUGAGGCCUCGAAGGUUUUCGAGAAGCUUGGAAAAUAUAUCGGUGACAAUAUACAAAUGCUUCUAGAGCGGGCUGACGGUGCGUAUUGUUUUCGCUUACACAAGGACCGCGUGUACUACCUCAGUGAGUCUUGUGUUCGACACUCGAUCAACAUAGCACGCAGUAACCUCGUCUCAGCUGGAUCUUGCUUUGGCAAGUUCACCAAGAGUGGAACGUUUCGCUUGCAAAUCACCGCUCUCGAUCAUGUCGCUCAGUACGCUAAGUUCAAGAUCUGGCUGAAGCCCGGUGCUGAGCAGUCAUUUCUGUACGGAAAUCAUGUUCUCAAGUCCGGCCUGGGUCGCAUCACAGACAACACACCUCAGUACCAGGGAAUCAUCGUCUACUCCAUGUCAGAUACGCCACUGGGAUUCGGAGUAGCGGCCAAGUCAACGCAGGAGUGCAGGCGAGCGGAUCCCGGCACGAUCGUGGCCUUCCACCAGGCCGACAUUGGAGAGUACCUGCGAUCAGAAGACACUCUGACGUGAGCGCUGCUCAAUGCCAGUAACAGGACAUGGAAGCCGAGUGUAAUGCCUAGUUCACACCAGGCCGAUUUCCCGGCCGACAUGGACUCGUACGAAAAACCCUCAAGAUCGGGGCGAAAAUUGCCUGGUGUGGACAGUGUUGUCGUACAGGUUUCCGACAGAUCAUGCGGCGAUUUUCUUGUCGUACUUGUGUUCGGCCAAGUAUCGACUGGUAAUAUUUAGCCGAAAAGCCAGCCGAUUUUUAGUGCUUGCACGUAAUGGAGCAGGCAUCGGACCAAUCACUCUAGGCUUUUCACCAUGACAGCGGAGAGUGUCGGUGCAGACCGUGAAUUGGCUGCACUGAAUUGCUACUAGAUUCUAGCCUUUUCACGCCUUUGGCCUUGUAGCUCGUGUAAAACUAUUUCAUUUCCGUUGUCUAGCGUCUACUACGGUCUAGUGCGGCUGUGUACCGCGUGUACAUGUGUAACAGACAAGCUUACAACUAUAGUGCAA